GUGGAAGUGGAAUCGCCCAAGUUUGUUGACAUUUGAGAACUUCCUUUCGGCUGUGUAUACAACAUGUGGAUGGCAAAGGAGAUAUAUUUACCCAUAUGCUGACAUAAAAUACCGGGUUUGUGGGAUCUUUUCUGUCAUGGGUCAGAAAUCAUCAAAACCGAGAGACUUGGAUGGGGAACCUUCCCCCACACCUCGCAAGUCUCCGAAGCGGGGAGGAAUGAGGCACCAUGAGAGAGCAGAAGUAGCCUCCCCGCUGAGAUCAGAGUCCGCUCCCGUUAUGGAGCAGAGAUCCAGUAUAGGGGACUCGCCAAGUCUUCCGAAGAGCAGGUCCUUAAAUAUGGCGUCUUCUAGCUCGGAACAAGAAACAGACUAUGAUCAGCAAGACACAGACUAUGAGCAAAAGGAAAAUGUUCCUCAGACGUGGACAGAAAAAUCCAUUCCUGAUAGUCCCCUAAGAAUGAACGGCACUGGCACAGAGCCAUUAACACCAAAGACAGUCAAUGGAGGUAUGCUUCCUCGGGCGGCCUCUACACCAGCAGCCUAUGGGAUGUUAUGUACAGAACAAUUACAUAUAAACACAGAUUCUGACCAGGACCACACAGAUCAAAGUGAUGAUGAAGCCUUAACACCUGUCAGCCAGGACUACUAUGAAAAGAAGGCAGUUCUAGACUAUGGAAAGUUUUACAAUACUAGUUACCUGGGUGAAGGGAAGAGCAACUACCUGAAGAAGGCCCCCCUAAAUCCCCGCCAGGAACACACCUCCCCCCACUUCCACCGGCCAGUCAACUUCUCUUACUCUAGGGACAAACCAGAAUUUUUGAAACCCAAGAAAAGUGGUAUGGCUGCCUUAGCUACUGGCACGAAAGUGGUGGUAAAGCGAACGAGGCGGGUUUCCUCUUCCUCUGAGCUCCGGAAUGAGGAGGCUGUGAGGAUGAGCAUGUUCCCCGCUGCCAAGCCCCCACCCCCCAAUGAGAUCACCAAGAUAGAAAGAGAGGACUGGCCUGGACCUCCAUGUCCAGCGGCCAUUCUACCAGAAAUAUUGAGACAGCGACGUAAAAGUCGCGGUGAAACAGAUGAAGAGGAUGAAGAAAUGCCCCCAGAGGACCCUAAAAUUACCAAAGAAAUAGAGGAACUCUCCAAAUUUAAAGACCAGUCUGGUAUAGGCAAAAUUAUAUAUAAAGAACUGGAGGAAAAGCGAGCACAUCCUGUGAAGGCUUUAGAUCCAUGGAAAGCUUCUAGAGUGCCAAGUGCUGAUCAUGAACCUCGAUACAGCACACGGUACCAGUCCCCAAUGUUUGCCUCUCCCUCUAGAUUCCUGGAUCGACCACGUCGGUAUUGGGAUGAUAGUGAUAUAUCACGAGGCUAUAGAACCAUGUCCACACAUCCAGUACGAAGAACUAGUUAUUCUCUCACUCCAAGGGCUGCCACUCUUCCUGUUUCGGGCACUUUUGGAGGUCAUCUUAGCUAUAGAUACUAUGAUUUUGAAGAUCUGGGAUCCAGGAGUCAUCCUUCAGCAACUUCUUCUUCCACAGUUAAUACAGAGCAAGAAUCUUUUGCGACUUCCAGUAUAUUAGGAGGCCAAGGUAUAUCUAUAAUUUCUCUACAGAGAAGUACGUGGCACACAGAAGCUGACCCCCCGAUCUAUCCAUAUGAUAAGCUGAAGAUUAGUAAUUUCGACUUGCCUAAAGAUGUGGAUAGAAAUAUGCUGGAGAUUCAUUUACGUCCAGAGGACUUUAAUCAACUGUUCAAAAUGGAUAGGGAACACUUCACAAGACUACCAGAAUGGAAGCGUAAUGACCUGAAAAGGAAAGCAGACCUAUUUUAAUUCCUUAGACCAGCAUCAUCCAAGUGAUACAAUGCAAGAUGUUUUAUUAAUUUGAAAUAUGAUUUAUUUGCUUAAAUCAUGUUACCUCUGCCUUAGUAGGAUAUUGUGGAUAUGUGG